AAAAGCGGGGAUUUCUCUGUUGCGCAUGUGCGCGCUCUCAGCCUGAUGGGAGUUGUAGUUCUGCGGGUGAAGCCCGACGUUGCUAUCAAGAAACCAAACUGCAAGCUUUGGGAGUUGUUCGCUGUCCCUACCCUGCUCUGCUAGGGAGAGAACGCCAGAGGGAGGCGGCUGGCCCGGCGACAGGCUCUCAGAACCGUUACCAGGGAUGCUACUGCUGUGGAUGUCGCUGGUCGCAGUCUCGGCGCUAGCGGUACAGGCCCCCGGAGCAGGGGAGCAGAGGCGGGGAGCAGCCAAAGCGCCCAACGUGGUGCUGGUCGUGAGCGACUCCUUUGAUGGAAGGCUAACAUUUCAUCCAGGAAGUCAGGUAGUGAAACUUCCUUUUAUCAACUUUAUGAAGGCACAUGGGACUUCCUUUCUAAAUGCCUACACAAACUCUCCAAUUUGUUGCCCAUCACGCGCAGCAAUGUGGAGUGGACUCUUCACUCACUUAACAGAAUCUUGGAAUAAUUUUAAGGGUCUAGAUCCAAAUUACACAACAUGGAUGGAUGUCAUGGAGAGGCAUGGCUACCGAACACAGAAAUUCGGGAAACUGGACUAUACUUCAGGACAUCACUCCAUUAGUAAUCGUGUGGAAGCAUGGACAAGAGAUGUUGCUUUCGUACUCAGACAAGAAGGCAGACCCAUGGUUAAUCUUAUCCAUAAUAGGACUAAAGUCAGAGUGAUGGAAAGGGAUUGGCAGAAUACAGACAAAGCAAUAAAUUGGUUAAGAAAGGAAGCAAUUAAUUACACUGAACCAUUUGUUCUUUACUUGGGAUUAAAUUUACCACACCCUUACCCUUCACCAUCUUCUGGAGAAAAUUUUGGAUCUUCAACAUUUCACACAUCUCUUUAUUGGCUUGGAAAAGUGUCUCGUGAUGCUAUCAAAAUCCCAAGGUGGUCACCUUUGUCAGAAAUGCACCCUGUAGAUUAUUACUCUUCUUAUACAAAAAACUGCACUGGAAGAUUUACAGAAAAAGAAAUUAAGAAUAUUAGAGCAUUUUAUUAUGCUAUGUGUGCUGAGACAGAUGCCAUGCUCGGUGAAAUGAUUUUGGCCCUUCAUCAAUUAGAUCUUCUUCAGAAGACGAUUGUCAUGUACUCCUCGGAUCACGGCGAGCUGGCCAUGGAACAUCGACAGUUUUAUAAAAUGAGCAUGUAUGAAGCCAGUGCACAUGUUCCGCUUUUGAUGAUGGGGCCAGGAAUUAAAGUCGACCUUCAGGUAUCAAAUGUGGUUUCUCUUGUGGAUAUUUACCCUACCAUGCUUGAUAUUGCUGGAAUUCCUCUGCCUCAGAACCUGAGUGGAUAUUCUUUGUUGCCAUUAUCAUCAGAAACAUUUAAGAAUGAACAUAAAGUCGAAAACCUGCAUCCACCCUGGAUUCUGAGUGAAUUCCAUGGAUGUAAUGUGAAUGCCUCCACCUACAUGCUUCGAACUAACCACUGGAAGUAUAUAGCCUACUCGGACGGCGCUUCAGUAUUGCCUCAACUCUUUGAUCUUUCCUCAGAUCCAGAUGAAUUAACAAAUGUUGCUGUAAAAUUUCCAGAAAUUACUUAUUCUUUGGAUCAGAAGCUUCGUUCCAUUAUAAACUACCCUAAAGUUUCGGCUUCUGUCCACCAGUAUAAUAAAGAGCAGUUUAUCAAGUGGAAACAAAGUAUAGGACAGAAUUAUUCAAACGUUAUAGCAAAUCUUAGGUGGCAUCAGGACUGGCAGAAAGAACCAAGGAAGUAUGAAAGUGCAAUCGAUCAGUGGCUUAAAACGCAUAUGAAUCCAAGAGCAGUUUGAACAAAAAGUUUAAAAAUAAUGUUCUAGAGAUACAUAUAUAUCACAAGAUCAUAAUUAUGUAUUUUAAAUGAAACAGUUUUAAUAAUUACCAAGUUUUGGCCAGGCGCAGUGGCUCACACCUGUAAUCCUAGGACUUUGGGAGGCAGAGGCAGGCAGAUCACAAGGUCAAGAGAUCGAGACCAUCUUGGCCAAUAUGGUGAAACCCCGUCUCUACUAAAAAUACAAAAAUUAGCUGGGCAUGGUGGCACACACCCGUAGUCUCAGCUACUCAGGAGGCUGAGGCAGGAGGAUCACUUGAACCCAGGAGGCAGCAGUUGCAGUGAGCUGAGAUCGCGCCACUGUACUCCAGCCUGGCGACAGAGUGAGACUCCGUGUCAAAUAAAUAAUAAUAAAAUAAUAAUAAUUACCAAUUUUUCAUUACUUUGUAAGAAUGUAGUGUAUUUUAAGAUAAAAUGCCAGUGAUUAUAAAAUCACAUAUUUUCAAAAAUGGUUAUUAUUUAUACCUUUGUAUAACUUCUAACAAUUUAGUGGAAGUAUCAAAAGGAUUGAAGCAAAUACUGUAACAGUUAUAUUCCUUUAAUAGAAAAUAUAAAAUAUUGUAAUAGUAAUAAUAUUUAUCAUAAAACAGUUGUGUGUGAGCAUUUGAUGGUGCUUGAUGAGUUAUUUGUAUUCGAUGGGACUGUUUGGAUGUAUUUCAUGGGAGUAUCUGGAGUAUUUAACAGGAUGUAAACCCUGAAUGUACCUGAUUUUACUACUGUUUUUUUUUUAAUAGGUAAUAUAUAUACAGGGUAAAAACUUCAAAUGGUACAAAAGGGUUAACAGUGAUCAUGAAGUCUCUAUCCUUUCUGUCUUCCCUGCCAUCCAGUUCCCCCUCCAAGAAGCAAGUUCCGAAACCACCUGCUUACGCAUUUUUAGAGAUUGGCCACAAAUUUGUUACUAAAUGUAUAUAUUCCUUUCCCCCUACACUAACGGUAACAUACUGCACGCAUUGUUCUGCAUGUUGCUUCUUUUUCCUUUUUUUUUUCACUUGACAGUAGAUAUCUAGAGGUGAAAUUACUGAGUCAAGACUAUAUUUAGCAAAAUUACACUAGAUACUACAUAUUACCUCUAAAGAAGGUAUACUAACUGAGAAUCUCACCAUCAAUGCAUGUCUUCUUAUCCUUUGCCAACCUAACAGAUAAAAAUAUUCUGUGUUUAUUUUUCUUAUGAUGAGUAAAGUAGAUCAUAUUUUCAUGUAUUUAACAGCCAUUGGAAUCUGCUUUACCAUGGCCUUUCCUAUUUCUAUUCUUUGCCUAAUUUUCUGUUGGUUGUUGGUCUUUGUUUUGUAUUACAGGCGUGCUUUAGAUAUUAGCUUUUUGUAAGAGAUCCUGCAAAUAUUUUCUUUCUAGUUUGUCAUUGUCAAUUUUCUUCUGAGUUUGUUCUGGUAUUUUUUGAUACGUAGAAAUUUUUAUUUUCAUGUAAGCAAAUUUAUGAAUCUUUGUACCCCAUAAAUAUAUACAAUUAUGAUUUGUCAAUUAAAAAUAUUAAUGCAAAAUUUACAAAUCUUUGCUUUUUUGGCUUUUAGGAUUUUAUAUCAUAUUUAGAAUUGCCUUCUCCACUUGUCUUUUUUUUUUUUUUUUUUUUUUGAGAUGGAGUCUCGCUCUGUCACCCAGACUGGAGUGCAAUCGGGUGAUCCUGGUUUCAAGUGACUCUCCUGGCUUAGCCUCCCUAGUAGCUGGGAUUACAGGCACCCACCGCCACAUCCGGCUAAUUUUUUGUAUUUUUCAGUAGAGACGGGGUUUCACCGUGUUAGCCAGGAUGAUCUUGAUCUCCUGACCUGGUGAUCUGCCCACCUCAGCCUCCCAAGUGCUGGGAUUACAGGUGUGAGCCACUGUGCCCAGCCUCCACUUGUCUUCUCUUAGAAUUUUAGUUUUCACCUUUGGAUCUUUGACCCAGCUGGAACAUAUUAAACAUAUUAGAAAUCUAACUUUAGUUGUUUUUUUUGAUAUGCCUACCCAUUGGUCUUUUAUUGAGUAAACUGUCUCUUCUCACUUUCAUCAUAUAAUACCUUUGGUUGAAUACAUUAUCUUUUCCCCCAUUGAUUUGCAAUGCCAUUUUUAUCUAUACCAAAGUCCCAUUUAUACUUAUGCCAUUUCUGAACAGUUUAUUUUGCACUGGACCAUUUUGUUUUUUUGUUUCUGUUUUGUUUUUGGUUUUUUGAGACAAGGUCUUGCCCUGUCACUCAGGCUGGAAUGCAGUGGCACAAUCACUGCUCACUGCAGCCUCAAUCUCAUAGGCUCAGGUGAUCCUCCCACCUCAGCCUCCCUAGUAGCUGGGACCACAGGCACACACCACAAAGCCCAGCUAACUUUUAAAAUUUUUAUAGAGACAGGGUUUCGCUAUGUUGCCCAGACUGGUCUUAAACUCCUGAACUCAAGCAACCUGACUGCCUCAGCCUCGCAAAGUGCUGGGAUUACAGGUAUGAGCCACCACACCCAGCCAGACCAGUCUAUUUUUUUAGUGUGGUAGACUAGUCCCUUUGCAAUAGUUUUCUUUUUUCAGAAUUGUCCUUCCUAGCAACUCUUGAUUUUUCCAUACAAAUUUAGAGUAAGUCUGUCUAGUAACAAAAAUGGAAAUUUCUGUUGGCCUUUUAAAUGAAAUCAUUAAAUGUAUAGCCUACUUUAGAGAGUAUUUAAUUCUUUAUGAUAGUCAUUCUAAAGAAUUAGUAUGUUUUUCCCUUUAUUCAAGUCUUCUUUUAUAUCCCUCAGUAGUAGUCUAAGUUUUCUUCAUAUAGAUCAAUUUUUUCGUAAAAAAAUUUGAAAAGCAGGGACUUUAAAAAAUACCCUCUAGGCCCUACGCUACACCAGUUGAUUAGAGCUUCUGAGAGAGCCUGGGCCUGCUGUUCUAUUACUGUUGUCUUGCUGGUCAGUCCCUCCAGCCAUGAUUCUAAUGUGCAGCCAGAGGUAGGUUUAUUUCCAGUUGUUUUAUCAGUUACUGUAAUUUUAAGUGACUCUUCCUUCCAUUAUAUCCUCUAAGGGAAGAUCUUGUUUAUAUGUGCACUCCAUUUCCACAUAUUUAUUUUGUGCUGAACCACUUCAUAGUAAGUAAUAGUUUUUCAAGUGAUAGAUUAUUUUCCAUGUAAAAAUCUUACCUGCAAAUAAUUUUACCCAACUUAAUACUUUUUCAAACUGUCUUUGAAGUUUUCUUCAUGAGUCAGUUCAUCUCUUAUUUAUUUGUUUAUCGUUCUUCAGUGAAUUUAUAUGAGCUUACCUUUGUAAUUAUGAAUUUCUGGGAAAUAAUUUUACUUUUGAACAUAUCUGAUUUUGAUUACAUAUGUAUAUACACAUGCAUAUACACACACACACACACACACACACACACACACAGAUUCUGAAGUGAAACCCUUAAUAAAAAAGACCGAGUAUUAAGGUUAAAAUUAAACUAUACAAAUCCACCAUCCAUCUCCUAAUUAAGCCUAACGAACACAAGUAGCUAAAGUAUGGGUGUAUAUGCUAAUAAUAGAGAGAAAAACAAUAAUAAUAGAAAUGUGGUCCUGAAAACAGGCUUGUGAAGAUAAAUCUGCUUCAUUCUACCCAAACCCUUUAAGAUACACAUUCACUGUAAGAAUUUACCAAGCAUCUGCCAUGUUUUAAGCAUAUUAAGUAUAGGAUCAUAAUUAGGUACAAUUGAAUAUUCAGGAUAAUAUCUCAUUCAGAAUGAUAUCUAACAAUCAUGAAAAUCAAAAAUUAAGAAAACCUUACAAAACCAAGACAAAUAUGCCAGAAUCUGAGAGGAACUGACACUAAUUAGAAGCUGGAAUGAGAAUAACCUUUGGGCUUCCAUUUUUACUACCUCCACGACUCACUUCUUGUUCUAAUCUACCAUGACCUGUGCUUGGAAUUUUGCAGUUGACUCUUAAGAGGUCUCCAUGAGGUCUGUCCUUGGCUUUCUUCAGUCUGUUCUCAACAGCAGCUGGAGUGAGCCUGCCAAAAUACAGAUCACACCCCUGGAUACUCAAAGCCCCCACUGGUUUCCCAUCUUUUUCUUAAAAGCCAGAGUCAUUACAAUAGCCUAUGGGCCCUAAAUAAUCUGGUAGCAUGUUCUCUCUAAGACCGCUUGUCCUCCUCUACUCCUGCCUGAUUUACUGUGCUCCAGCCACCUGCGUCCCUGUUGCUUUCCAGACAGACACACCAGGCAUGCACCACCAAGACCUCUUUGCACGCGUCAGUUUUUGCUGCCUGGAGUGCAGUUCUUCCUUCAGAUUUUUUCAUGGCUCACUGUUAUUUCCUUGGUGACAUGGCUCAAAUGUCACCAUCUCACAAGGACUUUCCUGCUUUAUUUUUCUCCAUAGAAAUUAUUACCAUUUAACUUAGUGUGUCUUUUACAUAAUGAAUGUGUUUGAGCUGUCUUUUACCCUUCCUGACCCUACUAGAAUAAAAACUCCUAACAGUCA